AUGUAUUUCUCCAAGUUAAUCUCCGCCGCUCUCCUUGCUACCUUCGCCGCUGCCGCUGCAACACCUUCCAAUCUUGAGGCACGCCAGCAGAGCGCAUGCCGCCAGGCACAUUCCGCACUCGAGCAAGCAUCCCAAUACUACAAGUCAUUGGCCGAACAAUGGCAGGGCAACGCACAGGCUGCGAUAAGACAACUUCUCCAGCAGCUAGAUUCCGAGGCUGCCAAAGUUGCAGAAACUUGCGCCAAGCUUGCAGAGGCUGAGAAGGGUGCAAGGGAGUCUUAUUCGGAUGCUGAACGGGCCGUAAGUGAUAGAUUCUCGUAA